AUGUCCCCAAAGUCGCAAGUUAAUGCCGAUUCCAAACAUUCGGCCGGUCAUAAGAGGUCACAUCCUGGUCCUACUGCUAGAAGCAAGUACCGGCCGCGAGACGGGGUUGGAUGGACGAAGAGGACAAUUGACGGGCCUGGGAUUUGGGCUACAUGCGUAAAAGGCAAGGAAAAACAAGCCGUUGGCGAAUUAUAUGACUUGUUUGACACCCUGGCAUCUGACAUGUGGCCAUUGGGAAUUUCAAGCAACGAUUCUGAAGGCGGCAACAGUGAUGAAGAACUCUCCAUUGAGGCGCAAAUAGCUAAAGAAGUUGCUGCCAUGAAACGACCGAAGAUUGAGUCGCGAUUUUCUAACUGCAUGACUGGGACCCCGUGUGUCAUUUUCAUCGCCUGCAAGGAGCCCGUUGAUCCCGUCAGGCUGGUGGUCUCCCACGUCGAGAAUGUACAACGCACUGGAAUUUCCCGCACACGUUAUACACAUCGAUUAGUUCCUUCCGCUGGUGCUUGUGCCGCCAACCUACCUAAUAUCGAUGAUCUGUGCGCAAAGAUUUUCAAAUCAUUCUUCGAAGAAAACCCAGGAACUUGGAGUUACAAAGUUGAAUUGCGAAUACGGAACCACAACACACACUCUCGUGACGUAUUAAUUCAACGGAUAGUACGAUGCCUUCCCGAGGGCCACAAAGUCGACUUAAACAAUCCGGAAAUCUUUAUACUUGCUGAAGUCUUCAAGAGUGUGUGUGGCAUUAGCGUUGUGAAAGAUUAUUAUCGCCUUCAAAAAUUCAAUAUUAUGGAAGUCGGCAAAGACAAAAGCAUCGCCACAAACUUUGACGGGGGAGAAGGACGUGUGUCAAGUGGUCAAGCAACCAGCCGAGGCGACAGGACUCUUCCAGACCCCGUUGCUAGUACAUAG